AUGAGUUCCCACCAGCAAAAGCAGCCCUGUACCCCUCCCCCCCAGCCUCAGCAGCAGCAGGUGAAACAGCCCUGCCAGCCUCCACCCCAGGAACCAUGUGCCCCCAAAACCAAGGAGCCAUGCCACACCAAGGUUCCAGAGCCCAGCCACACCAAGGCUCCAGAGCCCUGCCACACCAAGGUUCCAGAGCCCUGCCACCCCAAGGCUCCAGAGCCCUGCCACCCCAAAGCUUCAGAGCCAUGCCAUCCCAAAGUUCCUGAACCCUGCCAUCCCAAUGUUCCUGAGCCAUGUCCCUCAACGGUCACGCCAGCACCAGCUCAGCAGAAGACCAAGCAGAAGUAA